AUGAAGGAGGAAAAUGUCCACGAUCCCAAAUACCGGGAAGCAAAAGAACCCCAAAGCUCCCCGUCGGUGCCAACAAGCCAGCUCUUCAGACUCGACAACCGCACAAUCAUAGAGCAAGUGCAGGAAGCGGCCGACCGCCACGGUCGCAAUGUGCAAUACUAUCCGUGUGACGUUCAAGACGCAGAUGCAAUGGUCAACAUCUUUGCGCAGUUCCUCCCUCUCUUGGAAAGCCCCAUCCGAGGCCUUGUGUCCUGCGCAGGCGUGUCAGACAAUGGCCCAGCCACGGACUUUCCUGUCCGGUCGUUCCAGAGACUGCUGGACAUUAACGUCACCGGUACCUUCACAGCUGCGCAGCUGGUCGCCAAGGAAGUCAUCAAGACAGGCCUCAGUGCCAGUAUGGUGUUUGUAGCCAGCAUGAGCGGGCACGUUUCCAACAAGGGAGUAGACACAGCUGGCUACAACGCCUCCAAAGCUGCUGUGCACCAGUUGGCGAGGUCUCUGGCGGCGGAGUGGGGUUCAAGAGUCAAUGUACCGCUGAUCAGAGUCAACACCCUGUCACCGGGCUACAUCCGUACGGAGGCAACAGCCGAGGCACUGCGCAAGCCUGGGAUAGAAUCGCAAUGGGUAGGCGACUCCAUGCUGUAUCGGCUGAGCAACGCGGAUGAGUACCGCGCACCUAUCUUGUUCCUCCUGGGAGAUGGCAGUAGUUACAUGACCGGGGCCGACUUGCGAGUCGAUGGAGGCCACUGCGCAUGGUAG